GGAGAGGGAGGGAGAAGCAAAGCACUAGCAGGAAAACCAGAGGAGCACUUUACUGUGGCACCGAGCAAAGCAAUUAGUUCUCUUUACUGUCAUCCUCUCUCUCUCUCUCUCUCUCUGUCAUGGAUUGGUUUUGCUUUGCAGGCAGCAGAAGGGAAUAAUUACCACCAUAUCUGAGAUCUUCUGUUCUUUGACUCUGCGACCCUUCCCUUCCCUUCCCCGACCCUCCCCUUCAAAUCUUUAUCUCUCUCUCCCCCCAUUAAUGGCAGUUGCUGCUGCUGAUCUCCGUUUUAAGCCCCUGUGUGCUGCAGCUGCUGCUACUGCUACUGCGUCCUCUGUUAUCGUUAUAAUUAUGUGAACCCCCUUAAAGAUGUUUGCUUUAGCGGGGCUCUCUGUUUUUGGAGAAGAUUUGGUUAAAGACCCCUCUGCUGCCAUGGCCUAGAUAGAUUUGAUAGAUAUGGAUCUGGGUUUUGAACACAAGUCCCAUCACUCGCCGCGAUAUGGUUUUGGGUUGGAUUGAACGCUUCUGGGUCUGUGAAAAGUAACGAUUUUUGGGUCGGAUAGUUUUCGGGGAGAGAAGAGAAGCUCUGAUCUCGAAAGGGUUUGUGGUUUUGUACUGUAGUUCUUGUGUUUGGUGCCGCCUUGCCUCUUUGUUGCCCUUCAAGUGUUUGUUGAGAUGCCUCAACCAGGCCCCGGUACCGUCGGAUAGGUGAGAGCUCGAAUCUUCGGAUUGGGUGAAGGGGAGGCGAGUCCUGGAGAUGGCAAUGUCAUGCAAGGAGGGUAAAUUAGGUCACAGCAACAGUAGUAACAGUAUGGAUAACGGCAAGUACGUGAGGUACACGCCGGAGCAGGUGGAGGCGCUGGAGAGGCUGUACCACGAGUGCCCGAAACCGAGCUCCCUCCGCCGACAGCAGCUCAUUCGGGAGUGCCCCAUCCUCUCCAACAUCGAGCCCAAGCAAAUCAAGGUCUGGUUCCAGAACAGAAGAUGCAGGGAGAAGCAGAGGAAGGAGGCUUCACGCCUGCAGGCUGUGAACAGGAAACUGACCGCAAUGAAUAAGUUGCUGAUGGAGGAGAAUGACAGGUUGCAGAAGCAGGUCUCUCAGUUGGUGUACGAGAAUGGCUACUUUCGCCAACACACCCAAAAUAGCACGCUUGCAACCAAAGACACGAGCUGUGAGUCAGUGGUGACAAGUGGUCAACACCAGUUGACAUCUCAGCAUCCGCCAAGGGAUGCCAGUCCUGCAGGGCUUUUGUCCAUUGCAGAAGAGACUUUAGCAGAGUUUCUUUCAAAGGCCACUGGAACUGCUGUUGAGUGGGUCCAAAUGCCUGGAAUGAAGCCUGGUCCGGAUUCCAUUGGAAUCGUUGCUAUUUCUCAUGGUUGCCCUGGAGUGGCAGCACGAGCCUGCGGCCUUGUGGGUCUUGAACCUACAAGAGUUGCUGAAAUCCUCAAGGAUUGGCCAUCGUGGUUCCGCGAUUGCCGAGCUGUGGAUGUUCUGAACGUGCUGCCAACUGCCAAUGGUGGAACCAUUGAGCUGCUUUAUAUGCAGCUCUAUGCGCCGACAACUUUGGCGCCUGCUCGCGAUUUCUGGUUGCUGCGAUACACUUCUGUACUGGAAGAUGGCAGUCUUGUGGUUUGUCAGAGAUCGCUCAAGAACACCCAGAAUGGGCCGAGCAUGCCCCCCGUGCAGCAUUUUGUCCGAGCUGAAAUGCUUCCAAGUGGGUACUUGAUUCGUCCUUGUGAAGGGGGUGGCUCAAUUAUUCGCAUUGUUGAUCACAUGGAUCUCGAGCCAUGGAGUGUGCCUGAAGUGUUACGUCCAUUAUAUGAAUCUUCAACGAUGCUUGCCCAGAAGACAACAAUGGCAGCUCUGCGUCAGCUGAGGCAGAUAGCUCAGGAGGUUUCACAGUCUAAUGUAUCAUCAGGCUGGGGUAGACGUCCUGCAGCUUUACGAGCUCUGAGCCAGCGGCUAAGCAGGGGAUUUAAUGAGGCACUGAAUGGGUUUAAUGAUGAGGGAUGGUCGGUUAUGGGAAAUGAUGGGAUAGAUGAUGUCACUAUCCUUGUCAAUUCAUCACCUGAGAAGCUUAUGGGAUUGAAUCUCACGUUCACUAAUGGAUUUUCUGCUGUUAGUAGUGCAGUUCUAUGCGCUAGAGCUUCCAUGCUGCUUCAGGUUAGUGCUAGAAUUCUGUGGUACCCUUUUUUCAGAAAUCUUAAAUUACAACUCAGUGAAAGAGAUUUGUUAAAAUUACUGAUGUUGGGAAUCUCUGUUACUCAGAAUGUGCCUCCUGCUGUGCUCCUCCGAUUCCUUCGUGAACACAGAUCUGAAUGGGCAGAUAACAGUAUCGAUGCUUACUCGGCUGCUGCUGUCAAAGCUGGGCCCUGUAGCUUACCGGGGUCACGAGUUGGGAGUUUUGGCGGUCAAGUUAUACUUCCGUUGGCUAAUACUAUUGAGCAUGAAGAGUUUCUGGAGGUAAUUAAACUUGAGGGCAUUGGUCAUUGUCCUGAAGACUCAAUGAUGCCUCGCGAUAUAUUCUUCCUGCAACUGUGCAGUGGAGUGGAUGAGAAUGCUGUGGGAACAUGUGCAGAGCUAAUUUUUGCUCCAAUUGAUGCUUCAUUUGCUGAUGAUGCGCCUCUUCUUCCAUCCGGGUUCCGUAUCAUUCCUCUCGAUUCCGGGAAGGAAGCUUCCAGUCCAAACCGAACCCUUGACCUUGCCUCAUCUCUUGAGAUCGGGUCUGCUGGGAACAGAACAUCAAAUGAUCUCUCUGCUGCUUCAGGAUGUACGAGGUCUGUCAUGACUAUAGCCUUCGAGUUUGCAUUUGAGAGCCACAUGCAGGAACAUGUGGCGUCGAUGGCGCGCCAAUAUGUCAGAAGUAUCAUAUCAUCGGUUCAGAGGGUGGCCCUAGCCCUCUCUCCUUCCAAUUUGAGUUCACAUGCAGGCCUGAGGACUCCACUUGGUACUCCUGAGGCUCAAACUCUUGCUCGUUGGAUUUGCCACAGUUACAGGUGUUAUCUGGGUGUUGAGCUUCUUAAGCUGAACAAUGAAGGGGGCGAAUCGACUCUUAAAUCCCUGUGGCAUCAUUCUGAUGCUAUUAUGUGCUGCUCUUUGAAGGCAUUGCCAGUAUUUACAUUUGCAAACCAAGCAGGGCUGGACAUGCUUGAGACCACCUUGGUUGCUCUCCAAGACAUCACUCUUGAGAAGAUCUUUGAUGAUCACGGGCGCAAGACCCUCUGCUCAGAGUUCCCUCAAAUUAUGCAACAGGGUUUUGCAUGUCUUCAAGGUGGGAUUUGUCUGUCGAGCAUGGGGCGGCCUGUGUCGUAUGAGCGGGCAGUGGCAUGGAAGGUGAUGAACGAAGAGGAGAAUGCUCAUUGCAUCUGCUUCAUGUUCGUGAAUUGGUCCUUUGUCUGAGAAGCAGCUGUCAUAUAAUAUCUAUAUAUAUAGACUUAUUUGAGUAUGGGCUUGUCUUAUGUUUUUUGCUGUACGGAACCUUAAGCAGUAGAACAUGUCUGGUUGUUUUGGAUACCUAAAAACUGAGAACCAUCAACCGUAUGUUAUCGACCAAACUGACUUCAAUCUAAGGUGUAUUAAGCUUUAUUUACUACCGAA